CCUCGCACCCGGAGCGCGCCGGCGGACGGCGGCGGGGUUAUGCGACCGUCACCGCGCGGGAGAGGCUGAGAACGGAGGCGCUCGCCAUGACCAAGUCGUACAGCGAGAGCGGGCCGGCGGGCGAGCCGCAGGCGCAAGCCCCCCCUGGCUGGGCGGCAGGCUGCCUUAGCCCGCCCGCCGACGGGCCCGAGGCCGACAAGAAGGAGGAGGACCUGGAGGCUCUGCACGGCGAGGCCGAAGAGGACGCGCUGCGGAACGGUGAGGAGGAAGACGAGGAGGACGAGCUGGACGAGGAGGAGGAGGAAGAAGAGGAGGAGGAGGACGACGAGCAGAAGCCCAAGCGGCGCGGCCCCAAGAAGAAGAAGAUGACCAAGGCACGCCUGGAGCGCUUCAAGCUGCGCCGCAUGAAGGCCAAUGCGCGGGAGCGCAACCGCAUGCACGGCCUGAAUGCGGCCCUGGACAACCUGCGCAAGGUCGUGCCCUGCUACUCCAAGACGCAGAAACUUUCCAAGAUCGAGACGCUGCGCCUGGCCAAGAACUACAUCUGGGCACUGUCUGAGAUCCUGCGCUCCGGCAAGAGCCCCGACCUGGUCUCCUUCGUGCAGACACUGUGCAAGGGCCUCUCGCAGCCCACCACCAACCUGGUGGCCGGCUGCCUGCAGCUCAACCCGCGGACGUUCCUGCCCGAGCAGAGCGCGGACGCCCCUCCGCACCUGCCGCCCGCGGGAGCGCCCUUCGCUCCGCCGCCCUUCCCCUACGCGUCGCCGGGGCUGCCCAGCCCGCCCUACGGCACCAUGGACAGCUCCCACCUCUUCCACCUCAAGCCGCCGCACGCCUACGGCGCCGCGCUCGAGCCCUUCUUCGAGGGCGGCCUGCCCGAGGGCGCCGGCCCCGCCUUCGACGGCCCGCUCAGCCCGCCCCUCAGCAUCAACGGCAACUUCUCUUUCAAGCACGAGCCCGCCGCCGACUUCGACAAGAGCUACGCCUUCACCAUGCACUACCCCGCCGGGCCGCUGCCCGCCGCGCCCGCCCACGCCGCCGUCUUCUCGGGCGCCGCCGCCCGCUGCGAGCUCCCGGCCGACGGCAUGGCGCCCUACGAGGGGCACCCGCACCACGAGCGCGUCCUGAGCGCGCAGCUCAGCGCCAUCUUCCACGAGUGAGCGCCGCCGCCGAGCGGGGCCAGCAGCAAUAAUUCGGAUCUAUGCAAUUUUUAACCUCGCGAUGGGCCAAUUACAAAAUAUAUAUGAGAUCUCUAUUUUUCAACCAACGUUUUACUACUUGUUACCUUUCCCGCGCCGAAUUAUUUUGUUGUGGUUUUGUACAGAAUUUUUAAUGACUUUUUAUAACGUGGAUUUCCUAUUUUAAACCAUGCAGCUUCAUCAAUUUUUAUACAUAUCGGAAAGGUAGAAUUAUAUCUAAUUUAUACGAAAUAAUUUAACUAAUUUAAACCAGCAGAAAAGUGCUUAGAGAAGUUCUGUUGCCUUAGCACUGCUUUCCUUUCAAAUCGUUAAAGCAAAACAAACAAACAACAUGAAGCGUAAUCCGGGCAAUUUCUUUCCCAUUAAAGUCUUUUUGGUUCUUUUUUUUUUUUUUUUUUUUGUCUUUUUUUCCAUUUCUUUUUCCUUUCCCCCUUACGAUCAGAACCAGACCCCCAGCUCUUGAGAAGAUAGAAGAACGAAAGACUUAUUUUCUAUUAAAACAUAUCAGUUCAAUACGUGACUUGCACAAACUUGUAUAUAAAUAUUAUAAGCAAAUGCCAACACCCUUCUUAAAUCAAAAGCUGCUUGACUAUCACAUACAAUUUGCACUGUUUCUUUUUAGUCUUUGAGCCCCCUGGCAUCCCGUGGUGUUUUUUUUUUUGGUUUUUGGUUUUUGGUUUUUUUUUUCCUGCAGAGAACUUGAAGCUCUCGGUGUUUCCGGACGCUGUAACUGCAUGAUUUUAGACAUAUUCACACGAUCCGUGGUUGUCAUUCGCUCGUCUCAUCACUCGGAACCUAAAGCUGAGCAGGUCGUUGGAGUCGGGCUAUAUACCUAUUGUAGUCGAUUAGUACGGUAGCUUGAAACAGAUUCAAACCAUUUAAUCCGUAAUUAGAACAAUAGCUAUUGCAUGUACAAUGCAGUCCAGAAUAAGUGCUGUUUGAAAUGUAACGCUGGUUCAACUGGAAUCAAAUCUGUACUGUAAUUUUGUUUGUAAACCUGUAUAUUAUGGUGUAAUGCACACUGGGAUUUUAGGAAAUGUCCAUCCUUUUGCAACAACCUAGUAUUGAACAUUUGGUCGAAUGUUGCAUUUCUCCUUCAACGUGAUUUUAUUUUUUCUUAGUGUAAGUAAUUCCUAUGGGAUUAUUGUUUUACUCGGAUAGCUCAUGGAAGGUGCGACACUUAUUAUUUGUAGAAUAAAA